UCUCUCUCUCUCUCUCUCUCUCUCUCUCUGUUUCGUCUUUCAUUCUUUCUCCAAAAGUCCUAAUACCCUGAUCUUUUGUUCUUUGUCUUUUCUUUUUUUGGAGAUUUUUUAACUUCAGUUUUGUUUUCUUUUGGGAUUCAAAUUAGGGUUUAAUAAAAAAAUUGAUUGGUGAGAAGUUUAGUUGUUGGAUGCGGGUGAAGCAGUUUUUGGGGAGUUGGAGAUUUUUAUUGUCUCUUUAGGGUUCUCCGGUUAAGUUAGGGGGGCGGGGGGACAAAUUCCGGUUUCACUUUCGUCGGAAUCUGAAAAUUUUCUCCGGCGACAUGGCUUCCAAUCUCCCUAUGAGCCCUCAAUUGGAGCAGAUCCAUGGCGAAAUCCGUGACCAUUUCCGAGCCCUCGCGAAUGGUUUCCAGAGGUUGGAUAAGAUCAAGGAUUCAACUAGACAGAGCAAACAACUCGAGGAACUUACUGACAAGAUGAGAGAGUGUAAAAGGUUGGUCAAGGAGUUCGACCGUGAACUUAAGGAUGAGGAAGCUAGAAACUCUCCUCAAGUAAAUAAGCAAUUGAACGAUGAGAAACAAUCUAUGAUCAAGGAGCUUAAUUCUUACGUUGCACUAAGAAAAACGUAUAUGAGUACCCUUGGCAACAAGAAAGUUGAACUUUUUGAUAUGGGAGCUGGAGUUAGUGGCGAGCCUACUGCUGAGGAAAAUGUUCAAGUGGCUUCUUCUAUGUCAAACCAGGAGCUUGUUGAUGCUGGAAUGAAAAGAAUGGAUGAGACUGAUCAGGCCAUUGAGCGCUCAAAACAGGUUGUAGAACAAACACUCGAAGUUGGAACUCAAACUGCAGCUAAUUUAAAGGGACAGACGGAUCAAAUGGGACGCGUUGUUAACCACUUGGACACUAUACAAUUCUCUAUCAAGAAGGCCUCUCAGCUGGUGAAAGAGAUAGGGAGACAGGUGGCUACCGAUAAAUGCAUAAUGGGGUUCCUGUUUCUCAUUGUAUGCGGUGUUAUAGCCAUUAUCGUAGUGAAGAUCGUACACCCGAAUAACAAAGACAUUAGGGACAUCCCAGGAUUAGCUCCUCCAGCCCAAUCGAGGAAGCUAUUGUACUUGAGGAAUCAAGACUAAACGGGAGAAUAUAAAUCUCUAUUGUAUAUUUAAUCACGAGGAAUGAGGAAGUUGCAUCUUGAGGUUCGAUAAUUAAUCGUCUCUGCUUUUUCAUUCGUUAACACUCCAAAUCAUGGAUGAGAGAGAGAAGCUUGUUGGCAUUGUGUGCUUUGAUAGUUGCCGAGGCUUGGGACUGUUUUCAUGUUCAUGUUCUUUUGCUUUUUUUUAACCCAUUCGUUUGAAUCUGCGUUUUGAUUGGAGGGUGUGUAUAUUUUUUCAACUUACGUCUCUAUGUUUUUUUUUGUUUUUGUAGUAACUUAUCACUUCUUUUGUAUAAAAUUCAGACCAUGUUAUACUCUCUCACGUUCUCUUUAUAUUCUUUUCUUCA